GAGCAUAUUGUUUCUUUUUUUCAGCCUGACAUAGUGGGCCUGUCAUCUUUCAUGCAGUGGUUAACAGGUUUCAAAGACUUUGGUUCUUCUAAAGGAGCCGAUGUAUUAGAAGAAAAUAUCAGAAAGUUUGUCAGAGAAUCCAAGUUCCCUGUGUUGCUUCACCCAGAAAAGGCCACAACUAAUGGAACAGGACUUCUAAAGUUCAUGUCUUUCCCCUUUAGUCUUGGAAAGGUUCAGCCUGUAGCUCUGCAGGUUACAAGGUGGCCGAUGACAAUGGCCGUGACAACACUAACCAGCAACAUAUAUCAAGACUUUCUCUGGAGCCUGUUUGUGCCAUACACAAUAUACAAAGUCAAAUUAUUACCAGAGGAGGAGUGUGGGGAGGGGGAGAGUGUGGAGGAAUUCUCUGAGAGGGUGAGGAAAAGCCUGGCAGAGAGCCUGGAUAUCCCCCUGACAGAGUACACAUGGUCCGACAAACAGGACUUCAUCAAAAGAUUGGAGGAAGAGGAGGCCAGAAAACGAGAACAACAGAACAAUACAAGGCAAAGACUUGCAGCAUCCCACAGAUCAAGUUCUGACCCCGAGUUACAGAGAAUGGUACAACUAGUACGAGACGUGUUACCUGACACAGCAGAGGCAGUCAUACUGAAAGAUCUAGAGAAAACUCGUGAAGUGGAUCUAACAAUUACCAACAUACUGGAGGGGAAGGUUUCCAUGGAACCGCAGAAAAAUUCACAAUCUACAGACAAUUUGUUACACAUAAGACAGAAAAUAAAUGUACACAUAGCACCAUCUCAACAGAAGUAUGGGGACACUACAUUCCACACGGCAGCACCCAGUCGUAUGUUGUCUCUAGAGGAACGUAAACAAAUCAUGCUGGAAACAGCCAGGCAGCGGUAUAAAGAAAAACACGGACUUCUAUAGUGGUAGCAGAAUAAAAUAACAAAUUUAUCAAACAUUAUUUUCCCCAAUUUGAGUUUUUCUUACAAGAAAUUAAAGGAAUUUCAUGAAGGUUGACAUUUCUUACCUAUAUCUUUCUUUUUCUUUUGUUUUCUCUUUCCGUCCACAGUAUUACUUCAGCAAUUUUGAGUUUUUGGAUAAAAUUUUGGUCAGGCCCCCCUUUGAGCUCUUUACAAACAUUAAAAGAAUAUCAUUUUGUAAUUGUAUAUGUCCAAUGACAUGGUACUGUGGUAAAAAUACUUGUAAGCAAAGAAAACAACAUAUUAAAAUGGAUUAAAUUGUAAAUAAGUUUAUAUUCAUAGAGAAAGAUGGCUAGAUUUAAGAUAAGCUAGGGUUUUUUAACUGUCAUUUGACUUGGCAAUUGAAAAAGAAAGACUAUUCAAAGGAAUUAAUUUAAAUGUACUCGUGAUCUCUAGUCAAAUUUUUCAUUAAAUUUCGUUGCUUUUGUAAAAUGUUGGCAAUAUUUUUGUCAGUAUUCAAGUCUUUAGCCAGUUUAACUUCAGUAUCAUAUGCAUAUUUAGGUGUUUGUAGCGUAUAACAGAUUUAUUUUAGAUUCUAUUUGGUAAAAAAGACUGGGUAACCAUCAUUUUGAAGUAUGAUAUAUGGUAUAUGCUGUACUUGUGUUGUAGAUGCAGUAAGAAUGAUUGAAUGGUUAUAGUAGUAGUCCAUAUAUUAAACACUGUACAGUAGAAACUAUAUGUCAGAUUUAUCUCGUACUCCAAAUAACUGAUCUGAUUGUUCAUCCAAUAUUUUUAUCUUCAUUUAUUCUACAAGUUGACCUUAAACUUGUGUACUUCAAACUUCAUGCAUGUACCUGUAUGUACAGUUUGGUGGUGAUUGGAUUAUAAAAUCUUACAUGAGGGACACAGUGAUUGUGGGGGCAUUGAGGGAAUCAGUAGUAUAAGAGGGUGAUUUUAUAAAUAGCUCAUGUACAUUUAUUUUGAUGUACACUCUGAUAUUUUGCUUUGUUUGAAAGAUACUGUUAAAGUUAUGACAGUGAUUGAAUAUACCAGGUCAACUUUAUAAAUACAACUAUUAUUUAGCAUAGUUUAUGCACCAAAGUAUUAACACAUGCAAAGAGAUGUGAAGAAAUUUUUGUAGCUGAGAGAAGUAUUAUAGUUUUGUGUAAUGUCAAUGAACAUAUGAAAGGAGAAGAAUUCAUUGAUAAAAAUUAUAAAAGUUUAAGACUCUAACAUAAAUAUAGAAACCCAUAAUUAAGUUAGAUUUAUUUCUGCAUCUGUGUAUGGUGAUCUUGAAGCUCAAUUUGGCAAGAUAGUAAAAGUAACAAUUGCUGGGCAAGCUUAGUGAUUAAAGAUGUAUUACAUAAGGGUCUUCCAUGUUUUAUUGAUACAAUGUGUAUUUAGUUUGUGUGCUGUAGGAUUGAUCAAAUAGAAGUUCUAUUCCUAUUAGCCUAUCUAUCCUCCCUUAAAAAGCUUCUUAAAGGAGCUUAGACACAGAUUAGAGGUUAGUAUUGUCUAAAAUUUUCUGUAUAAUGUUAUCAAGUUCAAGCUGUGUCUAAGCACCUUUAAGUAUAAUCAUGUGUACAUUUAUAGUAUGAAACAAACAGCUGGCAUUCAAUUUUUAAGAGCUGUAUUUAUAAUGUGCAUUGUAUUUUUAUUAAAUUAAGAGGUUAUGAAUGUCUUUUCUAUUAUUACAGCUGUAUAUAUUGGUUUAUAUGUAUUAUUUCGAAGGAAAAUUCCUUUGAACAGACAUUUUUCAAAACAUUUUUUCUUUUGUUGAGCCAUACCUUUGUGAAGGUAUAGAUGAAAUGCAGACACAGUGCUCAUUUGAUGUAGAAUUCCUUUGAAUGAUACCCCAUUUCCAAGUUUCCUGAUAGUUCUAUUAAAUAUUUUGUUUUCAAUGCAAUAAGAGAUAUGUUUGACAAAUAAUCACUAUUAUUGUUAUCAUUGCCAGAUAUAAAUAAAUGUCAAUUAAGAUGUUAAAAGUAGAGAGUUCCACAUUUUUAAUACAUGGAGUCAUUUACAAUUGGUGGAAAGUUGCCUUUCUGAUGGAGGAUUGUCCAUAUAUGACCUCAUUUUCUGUUUCAAGAACUAGAAAUCUUCUUAAAAUGAUUUUAUUUAAUAAAAUCUUUAUCAAAUAUUGAAAUCACCAUGGAUAAUUCAUGUCUUGUUGAUAAGAUUAGACUUCUAUCAAUGCUAGGUUUUCCAUUUAUGAGGAUUGAACCCAGAUUCGGUGUUGAGAAUCUCCUUAUACAUGUGAUAUAUUUGCCCAUGGGGGGAGGGGGCAA